ACCAGGUUACAGACACAAAACUCGGAGCUGCUUAGAAGAUCCUGACAACACAGAGGGCCAGGCUCAGUGCCACUGCUGGGAAAAGGCUGGCAACCAUUAAGAAGAGAAAAAUAUUCACCCUGAGUUGCCCUGUUGUGACCAUUGCAACCUGUAGCGUGAAAAUGCAUCAAGAGAAAUAGCAGAAGAAGCUGUAUCUGCGACAUUGUGGUGAACAUCUGUACUCAUUUUUACCUGGGAGGGAAGCUGAAGCUUUUAUCUUCUUCCCUCAAUUGCUCACAAUCUUGUAUUUUUUUUUUUUUUUCUAAUGGAAUUAUUCUUCUCUGAAGAUUGUGGAGGGGGAAAAAUGACCCCUGAAAGCCUAUCUGCCUUUGUGUAGCUUUUUAACAUGUUUUUGCCUGCCUGCUCUUCCAGGAGACUACUACAAUGACAGAUCCUUCAGUGGUGGAUCACCUGACACGACUGAAAAUCAAACUCCUAGAAAAGGUAAGGAAAUAGCUCUGCAGUGCUCAUCUUUGCUCUGUUUUUUUGCUCUUGCAUGUUCAAGCAUUAAUAUUGUAUUUAAAAUAACUAUCUCAGUAGUUAUAAAAUAUCUCAGUAGAAAUAACUGAGAUACGAAGAGGAUCUGCAGCCAAUUGAGAACGUCUGUCUUCAUGCAAGCAGAGGCAGACUAUACCUGUAAGGUAGGGCUGGAAACUGUUGUGAACUUUGCUGCCAGACUCAUAACCAGUUCUUGUUGUGGUUCUACCAACAGAGACUAGAAAAUGAACAAGGAAACCUGGAGAAGAUGGAAUCAUCACUCCCAGCUGCAAGUAAAAGUGAAGCAUUUGUUCUAAUUAUGGACAUGAUAUGGAAAGGGCUUAGUGACGUUCUCAGGCAUGAGUUCCUUAGCAGGGAGCAGACGUGAGGAUAUGCUCCAGAGCGCCCUGAGGAGAAGGAAAGAUCUUCUGCAGGAGCUUCGGGAGCAGCACCUUCUGGAAGAGCUUUCGCAGCCCCCUGCACCUGCUGGAGGACACGGUCAUGACCACAGGGCUGCCCUCCCGCACGUCUUCCAGAUACCUUUUCCAGCUCCCCAGGCUGAGCCACCAAGGAUUAUCCAGCAGACGCUGCCGCCUCAGCCAGCCACCAUCAUCCAGCAGCUACCUCAGCCGCAACCCCUGAUCACACAGAUCCCCCCUGCCCAGCCGUUUGCAGCCCCCCGCUCCGGGAGUAUUAAAGAAGAUAUGGUAGAGAUGAUGCUGAUGCAGAAUGCCCAGAUGCACCAGAUCAUCAUGCAGAACAUGAUGCUGAAGGCUCUGCCACCCAUGGCUUUCGCACAGUCUCCUGCAGCCAGCUCUCCCCUGCUUCAGCAUGGACAGCAGGAUCUGCAGUUUGCUGCUGCCCCGGCUCUGAAAGCAGAGAGGCCCAGGCCAUCUGCAGUGCACCACCACCAUCACUACCCCCCCGCCGCGCUGCUCCCGGGGCCCCCCGCGGGCUUCCCCUCCACAUCCACGGCACACGGCUGGACCAGCAGCACGCUCCCUGCCCUACCUACGUGGCCCACAUACUGACAGUAUGUGUUCCUCUGCAAGUGGGCCAUCGCAUUGCUGAGCUCAGCCUGUACUUGAACAGCUCCUAAAUAAUCUGUCUGAUCGACAGCCUAACGCCUGUAUGACUGCACAUUGUUGGUACAAGAAGCAUGUGGGAGAAAGGCCGCAGAUGUUCAGAACAGACAUACCAUGCACCUGUGGUCUGCUCACCCGUUUCUGUUAGUUUAGUUGUUUCCUGUCGUCUUCCAAGCCCACACCAGCCACAAGCAAUCGCCACUUUUUGUUGCUGUCUUUUCACAGAAUCAGAAAAACCCAUCCCAAAGUGUCUUGCAGGACUGGCAACCCACAGCACACCCUGGGCAUGAAAUAAUCUUGACACCAGUGUUAUCUGAGCCCUUGCAAAUGAGUAUGGCCCAGCUCCGUGGCUGGGAGUCCCCUACAUGUGCAAACUGAGGAAAUGCCCCUUGUGAAGGGGCCCACUGCCCUCCUGGGGACGGUGAUGCAAACUAACCCAGGAUGUAUGAAUGAGGGUUUAGUCACCAAACCGCACCAGCGUGAAGUGUUCCUCUCCGUGUUUCUGGUUUUACUUCCCUCGCAGAUAUACUUGUCCUACAGUAAUCACCUAACCAGGGAAGUAAGGAUGAACAGGAAUGAUCCAAAUGCAAAUUACCUGCGUAGCAGAGCAAAAACCUGGCAUUGUAUUUUCCAGAAGACCAGCACUCCGCCCUGCCUGUGUGAGUUGGCUUUAUGCACUCUUUGGAUAAAUGAUUCUCAGUGGAGAAGAACAGGAAGAAAUCUGCUCCUGCGGUCGUGGGUUUUGAGCACUGAGGUGCAAUGCCCACCCCAGCUACCCACAGUCCACGUGUCCUGUCCCAGGAGGACUCUGACUCUCUGUCUCUCACUAACCUCACAUUUACAAAGCCACUCAAGGUUUACUUCUCAAAGAGCUAUUGGAAGGUGAUUUAAACACACUGGAAUCAUGUAUAUUUGUUUCACUAUUGUUCAACCUUUCACAUGUAUAAUCAGGGUUUAGACUUGAUUUAAAAAUAAUGAUAAAAUCCUGAGAUUCUUGGAUAUUGAUGUGUCUUUUUCUUCAGUAACAUAAAUCAAACACUUUUCCUGUCUUUACUUUUCCCACUAAUUUUCGGAGGGCAGGCUUUAAUCUGAGCAUACAUUAUCCUGUUGUUGUUUUCAUUCAGGACUUCAUGAAGGCUCACUUAGUUUUUAACCAAACGAUACUUUUUCAUGCUCUCAGCACCCUGGUUGUAUUUAAUAAAGAAAGAUAAACAAGUAAUUAGUAGCAUUUUCUCAAUGUCUUCCCACUUUCUCCUGUUUUUAAAGUGGAGGACAUCUUUACAUUGUUUUUGCCUGGUGCAGUUUGUGAAUGAAUCUGAUGAAGAUAACACAGGGACCUAAAUUUUGUUUGGAAUGGUUACUGAAGAGAAGAGAUAUUGCACUGGGCACAGAUAAUCCCUGACAGGCAAAGUUCAGUCUGGUUUGCCAAGAACUGUUGUCAGUAGCUAAGGAGACAGGUUUGGCAGCCAGAAGCUGAUGCGUAUUCCAUUUACCAUCCCAGAUAGUGCUGCUCACCAACAUCUCCGGUGCUUCCCUGUGUCUGUGCCUCCUGCCCCCAGGGCAGGUACACGGAGCGUGGCUGAGGAUGUUUGUGCAGAAAAGAGGUAUUGCCAGACCAGCUUUAAUUAUACGAUUGUACGCUGUGUUAUCCACAGGAGCCCAUGAAUUAAUUGACGUACCUUAAAGAGCUGCUAUCAAAUUGGUAAGCCAAGGUGGUGGAGUAAUCUGUAAAGGCUACCAGACAAGUACGCAAAAGGUGCUUUGAGUGAUAUUUCCAAAUAAUAACUGUCACUGCUGGAAGCUAACAGUGUGCUGCUUGUGCUCUGAAAACAAUUAAUGAAUAAUUUAUUUGCUAUGUAAAACUUACCUUGCUCUUUGCCCUCUCUGCUCUGUUUCCUUUGCUCUGUGUGUGUGAGUCAGUCAGGUGGUGUGGAGCAAAUUCACUGCUGAGAAGAUCAGAGAAACCCAACGGAGGGUCUUCACUGGUGACUCAUUUGGACACAGUCCCAGGGCCUGUGUGCACUAAUAACCUUUAACAGCCCAACCUGGGACCCCUGCCCUCCCCAAGGCCAGCAGUCCCAUUUAAGCUUGAGCCUGGGGCUGCUUUUGGGUCCUGUUGUCCUGCAUGUCCCGUCCUUGCACUGUACUGCAGGUUGGGACCAUGGUGUGGCACCUGCUCCCCAUCCCCUGGGAUCCAGGAUGUGCGAUGGAGAUUUGGUCUUGCCCAUUUGAGGCAAAUUUGCUAGUUUGGGCUGUGCGCUGCAGGUAAUUAGUAUAUGUUAAUGUAUGUUUUCACUGUCUGCUGCUUAAUUAUUGUGAGCAGGUUGUAAUUGGCUCCUCCCUGUUAAAAUCUUACGGUGUGCAGUGCUGGAUCAGCAGAGCACUUCCUCCCAAGAACGGGUUUGUGAAACAGUGCACACAGAGAUGUGUCCUCACAGCCUCAUCCAAACCCUGGAAAGCUUCUGCAGAUUAGGCACGGACCCUCUGCUUGGUAUUGUACCCCAACACACUCAGGUCACACACAGCUUUCUUGAGCAAUAGAUGUCCUCACAGAUGGGAUCAGGCCCCUGGGCAAGCAGUGUGGUUCACAUUCCACCCUCGGGAGGGUGCUCAAGAAGUUACUUGGCAUCAUCACAGAAUCACAGAAUGUCAGGGAUUGGAAGGGACCUCAAAAGCUCAUCCAGUGCAAUCCCCCCGCCGGAGCAGAAACACCCAGAUGAGGUUACACAGGAAGGUGUCCAGGCGGGUUUGAAUGUCUGUAGAGAAGGAGACUCCACAACCUCCCUGGGCAGCCUGGUCCAGUAUCUGUCACCCUUACUGAGAAGAAGUUUCUUCUCAUAUAUAAGUGGAACCUCUUGUGUUCCAGUUUGAAC